AUGGACUGGGCCCGGGCUGCCCGCAGCUGCCUCUGCCUCCUGCUGCUGGCCGUGCCCGGGCAGCCGGGCCGCGCGGGUUUCCAGGAGGUCUCUCUGUUGUCUUCCUAUGAAGUUGUUGUCCCACAGAGGCUGGGGAGAGACCGGCGAGAGGCCUCCAAUGCCUCCUCAGUACAGGACCAGGUGUCCUAUGCCAUCCAGAUAGAGGGGAAGGAGUACACCAUCCACCUGCAAAAGAACAAAGAACUGCUGCCCAAAGAUUUCACUGUUUAUACCUACAGCAAGGAGGGGAAGUUGCAAUCUCACUACCCAGAUGUCCAGGAUCACUGCCACUACCAGGGAUAUGUGGAGGGGAGCCUGGAUUCUGUGGUUGCUGUCAGCACCUGCUCGGGGCUCAGGGGUUUGGUGACCAUAGGGAACAUCACCUAUGGAAUUGAGCCCCUGGAUUCCUCUGCUGGCUCCAAACACAUUUUCUAUCGACUGGAUGACGUCAAGAAGGAGCCCAGCACGUGUGGGGUGGCCACUGGAGAGCAUGCAGAGGAACAUGCAGAGGAGAAUCCCCACCCCAGCAUGACCCAGCUGCUGCGGAGGAAGAGAGCAGUCCUACACCAAACAAGAUAUGUGGAGCUGUUCAUAGUGGUGGAUAAAGAAAAGUUUGAAGACUUUGGGAAGAGUGAAACAGAAGUAAGAGAGCACAUGGUGCAGCUGGCAAACUUCUUGGACAGUAUGUACCUCAUGUUGAACAUCCGCAUCGUGCUGGUGGGGCUGGAGAUCUGGAAGCAUGAGAACAUCAUCAGCACCGAGGGGGGAGCUGGGGAUGUCUUGGCCAACUUCGUCCAGUGGCGGGAGAAGAACCUGGUUGUGCGCCGCAGGCACGACAGCGCCCAGCUCGUUCUGAAGAAGGGGUUUGGUGGCACAGCUGGGAUGGCCUAUGUUGGAACUGUGUGCUCCAAGAGCCAUGCAGGAGGCAUCAAUGUGUUUGGCAGAAUCAGCAUCCAGAUGUUUGCAUCCAUCAUGGCUCACGAGCUGGGCCACAACCUGGGCAUGAACCACGACGACGAGCGCCUCUGCCACUGCGGGGCCAGCAGCUGCAUCAUGAGCUCCGGCGCCUCAGGAUCAAGGAACUUCAGCAGCUGCAGUGCAGAGGACUUUGAGAAGCUCACUCUCAACAAAGGUGGAAGCUGCCUGCUGAACGUGCCCAGGCCUGAUGAGACCUACAGUGUCCCAUACUGCGGGAACAGGCUGGUGGAUGCUGGGGAGGAGUGUGACUGUGGCUCACCAAAGGAGUGUGAGAGUGAUCCCUGCUGUGAGCCAGGGACUUGCAGGCUCCGAUCCGGUGCCGAAUGUGCUUACGGCGACUGCUGCAGGAACUGCCGGCUCCUUCCCGGCGGAACCGAGUGUCGGGCAAGCAGCAACGAGUGUGACCUCCCUGAGUACUGCAAUGGCAGCUCCCAGUUCUGCCAGCCUGACUUCACUGUCCAGAAUGGGCACCCCUGCCAUCACCAGGAGGCUUACUGCUACAAUGGUGUCUGCCAGUACUAUGAUGCCCAGUGCCAGGAUAUCUUUGGCUCAAAAGCCAAAGCAGCCCCCAACAUUUGUUUUGCUGAAGUGAAUUCCAAAGGGGACAGAUUUGGCAACUGUGGUUUCCAUGGACAUGACUACAAGAAGUGUUCCAGCUGGAAUGCUAUGUGUGGGAAGCUGCAGUGUGAAAAUGUGAAGACCAUGCCUGUUUUUGGCAUCAAACCUGCCAUUAUCCAGACUCCUAUUAGAGGUACCACCUGCUGGGGGGUAGAUUUCCAGCUAGGCUCUGAUGUUCCAGACCCAGGAAUGGUGAAUGAAGGCACCAAGUGUGGGAAUGGGAAGAUCUGCAGACACUUCCAGUGUGUGAGUGCCUCUGUGCUCAACUACGACUGUGAUGUGGAGAAGCAGUGCCAUGGGCAUGGGGUGUGCAAUAACAACAGGAACUGUCACUGUGAAGCAGGCUGGGCCCCUCCCUACUGUGACAGGAAGGGCUAUGGGGGCAGUGUGGACAGUGGACCUCCCUACAAUGACAAGGACACCUCCCUGAGGGAUGGGCUCCUGGUGUUCUUCUUCCUGGUGCUGCCGCUCCUGCUGGCAGCGGGGCUGGCGCUGGCCCGGAGGGACAGGCUCAAGAGGUGCUGGAGAAGGCUGAAGGCUCGCUGCCACUCGUCGAUGCAGUCCCCACCUCCACGGACAGAAACUGACCCCAGAGACUACCACCACAGAGGCUUCUCUCAGGCCAUGCCUUAUGCUCCAAGAGGUGUUCCCAUGGCUAUGGAACCAAAUGCCUACCCUGUGCCAUCUUACCCAGUUAACCAGCACCCCCAGCAGGCUUACCACCAGCCUCCCCAGCAGGCUUACCCCCAGCCUUACUACCCAUCCCCACCAUACCAGGCACCACAGCCACAGAAGCUGCCCACCAGGCCACCACCUCCCCAGCAGAAAUGUGCACCUCAGGGACCUCCUCCAGCCCAGCAGAGAUGUUUACCUCAGGGACAGUACUUCCCCUCUCGACCAGCACCUUUGCCUCCCAAAUAG